AUGCUUGUGAGCAAACCCGAUGCCGCAACCUGUGGUGAGCAAAAUCACUGCGGCCUUUAUUAUAUUGUCCUUUUGGUGGCGAUGUUCGACCGCAUCGAUCUCGAUGAAUGCCAUUCAAAAUUUUCCGCAAACACUUCUCUGCACGAGUUGUGGGGUUGGCGUGGACUGACCGUUGGUUUUGCACACAAUUACUCAACACUGAUCUCCCGAGAAGGAUGCAAGGCAGUGUGUGGCACAGGCACAGAAUACUACUCAUGGAAUGAUGUAUCUAGUACGAUCACAACAUGGAUCUUGCCUGUGAUUGGAACAUUGCUACAGGCUCCGUUCGAAAGCAAUGCAGCUCGGCGUACUUUGCUGGCCAUUGCACGCUGGGUCGGCUCGCCUAUUGCAUCGUUAUCCUAUGUUCUGUGGAAUAUCAAGGUUUCUGCGAAAGCAGCCGUCAUGGUUGAUAUGGCGGUCAAGUAUGACCAGACGCCGGAUCGCAGAACCGACUUUGGCAGCAUGAGAGAUUCCAUGUACCUAUUACUUGUCAUGAAUCAGUACUCCAUCAAGUCCACAGCAGCAUUAAGCGGAAAAGAGGCAGAGGGGCUCUUACGCAUCGUACUGUUCAGCAAAGAUCUCAAAUUAACAGACACGGACAAAACUUUGCGCCAGAUGAGACGUAUCCUGGCCCGAGAGCUGCGUGAUAUGAGACGGCGGGGAGUAGUGCCAGUCUUUGUCUCAAUUCUGUGGUUUGUCUUUGCUUUUGCGCUGUCAAUCCAAGCGGCAUUUGGUGACCUGGGCGGGAACACUACUGCCCACGAUCUAGCACUGGGCUGCUUGCUAGCUUGGUUCCCCAUCCUGAUAAUGGGCUCCAUAGUCGACCGGAAUCCCAUUGCUGCAGAAGCGAUUCGGAAAAAGCUGAACGCUAUCGUGGAUCACGUACGGCAUGCGUUGCGCGAUAAUGAACAUCGCAAAGAGUUCAUAAAUACAUUUCAAGACCAGGACGAUUUUGAACAACUUCGGUCCUGGGUCAAUAAGGUCACAUCCAAGGGCGAGCACAUGGACGACUUUUUUGUCGAAUUUGCAGGCCAAGCACGUAUACGUUGGCAUUACGGUGUCGCACACCCUAUUCUUUCCGACAUCGAAAAUUGCUACAUUGCGGAAAAAGGCCGCAACUGGCUAGCGAAAGAACAAGAAGCCAGAUCGAAGCUCGUGUUGGGACCAGUGAAUGACGAGGGGCUUAUAUGGUUCGAUGUGCGUGAGUUCUGGCAAGUCAUGAGCGCCAUCAUCAUUGUUGGGGGAAGCUGCGGAGGUGCUUUCGUCAUCAGCUACUUCACACCCACAGUUGGGCUUGGAUGCCGAAGCGGUGGAUACACUAUCUUCUUUUCUGUCGCGUUGGGUCUUCUGAUCAUGGAGAUGGCCGUUUGGCUGGCACUCUCACCAUACCAUGUCGAGGCACAAUGGCUGAGGCAUACGGGGACUCGCUUGCAUACCAUUGACACUUUCAACCGCUUAGAAGACGAUGCUCACAACCGAUGGAGAACGUUCAAGAGACGGGUAUCAGGGCUGGUCACAACUACUAAGAGGGGCCUACUCCGCCUCGUUGUCCGCAUGGCAAUGAGCAUACCAUGCGGAAACAUGAAAGCUCGAAAGCAGCGCGUGGAAAGCGCGAUAACGGACUUUUUUGUGGACAUAUGCUCAAUGAGCCCGCAAAGAAAGUGGGGAGUCUUCUUCUUUCGGCCUGCUGAGGGUUUCAGCACCAUUUGGCUGAUCUACAUAGUACUUGCCCAAGUAUUUGGAGUGUACACGACCUGUGAUUGUCUCACCAGUAACUGGGCUGGUGGUGGUGGCUAUCUCGACUUUGUCGUCCAGGACACAUCAAACCCCAAAUGGGUGUUAUGGUACUGGACUGCUGGAACGCAGUUGACUGCACUUGUCAUGAUCUUUUCGAUGUUUUACAUUACGGUUGAAUGGUGUCAGCAAUCCUUUCUAUCGACCGAAGACUACGAGGACGCAAUGGAUGGACUGCGUAUGACACGCAAAUACAGGCACUGGACCUACAUCUUUCGCCUCUUGUCUCGGUUGCUCUCAAGCAUCACUCUCACACCUCUAGAGAAGCUGGCAAUAUCCAUUGGCCUGGUAAGGAAACCGCAAAAGACGCUGUUGUGGACCAAGGAUCAUAGCUGGAGUCCUGAGGUUCCCCUGGCACACUCAGAACCUGCAGUCGCGACCAGCUACGCAAGCCCAUCGCCUUCCUUCGAGCUCACCGAUAAGUCAGGUGUCGCGGCAAGGGAUGGGACCCAGGUUGCAAAGACACCCGCGAUGGCGCAUUCACUGUUCCGGUCUGCUUUUACCACAUGGCCCCGCAACGAAAGUGACGCCUCUAUACAACCUAUAUCAAUCCAUGCUCAACACCAGGCGAGUGGCGAAUCACACCAGCCAUUGAUACGACGACCGACAGAGGCCCAUCAUACUCGUGGCGAGAUGGGAAGCCGAAGUAGUGGCGAUGGACGUGUGAGUCUCGAGGACAGCUACCUCUCUGCAUCGCCGCCCGAGAGGAGCAGUUUGCUUGGUCCCAAUGUGGCAUUGCAUAGUAGACAGGGGUACCGGCGGGCCAGCUCGGAUCCUGGGAUGCCGCCGAGCGAUCUGAUGGACACGAGCCAAAAUGCUCGGGAGAUUGGGGUGCAAGAUGUAGAUUUGGAGAGCGGCAUACCGGUACAUGAGGAGGUUGAUAAUACCACCGUUUGGCAAGCAGCCCGAUGGAGUGCCCCUGAAAUCUUGAAGACGCCUGGUAAAGUACCUGGCAUUUCAAUCAUGUUUUCGUAA